AAUGACUCCACUUUCAGUCUAAAAUUAGCGCUCAAGCAGCUGCAUGUGCUGGAGUCGAUAACCAUUGAGGUUUACUACGGAAUACAUACAUAGAACCCCUGCUUUGACGGCACUGACAGCACUGACGUCUUGCUUUCAUCAGUUUACCAGCAUCUUGCCUGCAUCUAAUAAAGCUGUAAGCUGCUGAAUAUACCCAUUAAACGGUACCUGGGUAGUAAAUUUGCAUUUGUCGCCAACUUCAACCUCAUCUUUUACACUCCGUCGAUGACCUAGUCGCAAUGAGUGAAGAGCCAAGGUCCCUAAAGUCUGUGUUCCAGGCUGCCGAACUAAAGCGGGUAGCUUUAGAAGGCACUUAUGAAGCAAACUCACCCACCUAUAGCCAGGAUCUUGCCGAAGCCUUGAAUUUAUACCAGGAAUGCAUUCGGAUUAUCAACAAGGUCUCACUAUUUAGUCCUAAUGAAGGGCUUGAGGAUAUUGCUACAUCUGACCUCCCUUACCUAUUGGUCAACUAUCGCAUAGCCGAACUCCUUCAGAAGGUCUCAACACAGUCACCUUCGGAAAGAAAAUCUGUCUUGAACGCGGCCCGGGAAUCGUAUGAGAGGUUUCUACACCUUCUCGACAACUAUUCGAUAUUAUCCCCAUCAGACAGUAAGCUGUUCGCCGGAUAUAAUGAAGACCCAUCAGCCUUCUCUACCAUAUCUACCUCAGAUCCCGCAGCUCGGCGCAAUGCCAAGAUUGCCAAUUUCAAAGCAGAGAAGGAGUUGAAGAAGAAGCUAGAGUAUAUGCGAAACUCUCCACGAUAUCUAGAGGAUGGUGGAGAUGAAGAAGCUGUUCGGGAACUGUAUCUCACGAAUGUUGCUUUCUGUACGCACAUGACAUUGCAGGGCUUGGAGGGAAUCAAUCGAGAGGCAGAAAUAUUAGCGCAAGCACCAGCUCCUCCAAUGUCGCAAGCAGCAACAGUUGAAGAUGACGAGCGGCGGCGCAGAGCAGAGCAUGAUAACGAUGGUUAUUCUGACAGAUUAGACCUCCCUUUGAGCACUCUCCUAUCCUCGAGUAAUGGCCCACUUCUCAGCAGAGAGGGAAAGCCUUUGAGGCCAUUCACGCUCACAUCUAAUCGGGCAGAGCUUCAGAGGGGCGUAUUUCGUCCGGGCCACAAUCUUCCAACCAUGACUAUUGAUGAGUACCUAGAAGAGGAACGAAGACAAGGCAAUAUCAUCGAAGGUGGUGGAGAAGCUAGCUUUAAUAGGCCUGAACCAGAUGAGGAUAAUAUCGAGAAGGCAGAUGCUGAGACUAUGAAGGCUAGGGAAUGGGAUGAAUUCACAGAGGCUAACCCUAAAGGGAGCGGCAACACCUUAAAUAGGGGCUAGGUAGAUAUUAACGACGAAGUGAGGAUAUAGUCGUGAAAUAUAUGCAACCCUACACUUAAACCUUCUAGGUUGGGUAUUCUCGUUAGGGCUAUCGUUGUGAAUUAUAAUUUAUAUCGAAAGCAUAAGAAAAGG